ACAAUCACCAUCUUUAAAUUUCCAUCUUCCCCACUACCGCCGUUUUUACCAACAUUUCACAAAAAACAUCAUUUCAUUUUUUUUGCAUGCAAAAAACGACCAUGAAGAACAUGAAACGACACUCAUCGGAAUCUUCUCUCCGACGAGUGGAUUCUCCUGUUGGAGCCGUUACGAAGCUAGAGAAUGUUCACCGGAGAAGGUUGAAAAUUCGGAGAAUGAAGUAUAGUUGUCAAGCAAAGAUCCACGUCGGAAAUGGCUCCGAUGACGGUGAUCUGAAAACGGAGAAUGCGCGACGAGAGAUUCAUGAAUCUGUUGAGAUAUCGUUGUCGUUAGCAACUUCAUCAUCAUCUGAGGAAGAUGAUCAGCUGUCCAAGCAAAACGGAGAGGUGAAGCAUUAUCAACAACAACAGCGACCUCUAUCGUAUGGUUCGGUGUCAACCAUAGGCUGUAGGAAGGAAAUGGAGGAUGCGGUGAGUAUGGAGAUAGGUUUUACGAUGAAGGAUGGAGAGAAGUGUGAUUUCUUCGGUGUUUAUGAUGGUCACGGUGGUGCUCAGGUGGCGGUGUCGUGUAGAGAGAGGUUGUAUAGGAUUGUGGCGGAGGAGGUUGAGAUGUUUUGGGAGGAUAGGGAAUGGGAUUGGGAGAGGGUGAUGGAAGGGUGUUUUGGUAAAAUGGAUAGGGAGGUGGCGGGUGAUGCCACGGUUAGGACCGUGGGAUCCACGGCUGUUGUGGCGGUUGUUGUUAAAGAGGAGAUUGUUGUUGCGAAUUGUGGUGAUUCUAGAGCCGUUUUGGGACGAGGUGGUGAAGUCGUGGAGUUGUCUUCUGAUCAUAAGCCAAACAGGCCUGAUGAGUUGAUGAGAAUAGAAGAAGCUGGUGGAAGAGUCAUAAACUGGAAUGGCCACCGUGUUCUUGGUGUUCUUGCAACUUCACGAUCUAUAGGAGAUCAAUAUCUUCGACCAUAUGUAAUAUCAAAACCUGAAGUCACCGUGACAAAACGAACCAAUGAAGAUGAAUUUCUCAUACUAGCAAGUGAUGGCUUGUGGGGUGUAAUGUCUAGUGAAAUUGCAUGCCAAGUUGUAAGAAAAUGUUUCAAAGGCCAAAUUAGGAGAGUUUGUCAUGGGAAUGAGAAUCAAAGUAAUCGUGCUGCUGAAGCUGCAACACUAUUAUCUGAGAUAGCAUUGGCAAAGGGUAGCAGAGACAAUACAAGUGUCAUAGUUGUUGACCUAAGAGGAACAUUAAAAUCUAGUUGACAAUUGAUGACUUUAUUAGUUUUAAAUCAAGGGGGUGCACCCUCUGUGCCAAGAUAUUAUCAAGUACAUAGUAAUGAUAAUUAAUUAGUGUGAGAAAUACAAUCUCUAACACGCUUUUUUAUCCGUCAAAAAAAAAACACGCUCUUUUAAGAUAUGUUCAAUGUUAUCGAUUAAUUGAAAUUUAAGUGAGUUUGAUCUCGCUCGAAGUAAAUUUCAUUAUAUUAGAAACAAUGACAAACAUAUGAGUUGGUGGUUAUUGAA